CCGCACGUGAGAAGAGGAGCAGUGGAGUUUUAUCAGAAGAGGAUUAAAAUGACUUAAAUGAUAUAUAUAUAUAUAUAUAUAAAAAAAGCAAUAAUCCAGCUAUUUGGAUAUUCCAAAAUCGAGAAAAUGAAGAAGAGGGAGGAGGAGGAAGGGGAGAGGAGAGAAGAAGAGGAGGAGGAUGAGGAGAGGAGUGAAGAGGAGAAGGAAAUGAGAGAAGAAGAGGGGGAGGAGGAGAGGGUUUCUGCAGAGAGAGGAAGUGAUGAGGAUGGAGUUGGUGGUGGCGAUGAAGUUGUUAGGAAGGGGAAGAGCACUAAGCAGAAAGGUGCUGGAGACAGGAAGUGUGUACCAGGUAUCAUUUACCUGGGCCACAUUCCUCCAAGACUCCGCCCCAAACACCUGAGGAACCUGCUGUCAGUGUAUGGAGAGAUUGGGCGCAUCUUUCUUCAACCUGAAGAUCGUCAGGUGAAGAAGAAGAGGAAGUCCAGGUGUGACUUUACUGAAGGGUGGGUGGAGUUUAUGGACAAACGAGUCGCCAAAAGAGUCGCAGCGUCUCUUCACAACACGCCAAUGGGAACCAGGAAACGCCAACGCUUCUCCUCUGACUUGUGGUGCAUAAAGUAUCUGCACAGGUUCCACUGGACUCACCUGAGCGAGCGGUUGGCGUAUGAAAAGACCGUCUUACAGCAGAGACUCAGGACAGAAGUGUCUCAGGCCAAGCGGGAGACAAACUUCUACCUGAACAACGUAGAGCGGAGCGCUCACCUGGAGAAGGUUAAAAGGAAGAGGGAGAAAGACGGACAACAGGUGGAGGACAAGACGUGGGACUUCACGCAGCGUCAGACGGAGGAGGAAAUCCAACAGAGGAAGAAGAAGAAGAACUCGGUUUCCCAGAAACGCCUGGACAAGGCCCGCCUUAUACAGCAGAAGAGCCAAUCAAAUGUCUCACUGCUGGCCAAGAUAUUCAACACCAACAAGUCAGAGUGACAUUUCCUGACUGGAUGGUUAGCAAGACUGCAACCAUGGGAACAGGAGGUGGAUAGUGGCACGCCUACCUUCGGGCCCUGCUGGACAUGUUCAAUGAAAGAUUUUACAGAUCUAAGGCUGUGUGUGUAAAAAGUUGUAAAUAAAACUGACUGAUUUGCUGAACUGUGUUUUAUCAACCCCCCUCACCUGUCCUGACACACCUGUGUUACCUGAGUAUUACUCAGACAGAAGUUUGAUUUUUAAAUAAUGAGAUUAAAAUGUUUGACACAUUUUAA